UUCAGUUUUAACCCUUCAGGGGAGGGAGGAGAGGCUGCCUUCCUUCUUUCCCAGCCUUCAGGCCUCAGAGUUGGGAGAAGGGCCUGGCCUUGUCCAGGCUCAGCACAGAGGGGGAUUCUUUGGAGGAGAUGGAGCGCUGGGUCAGAGAAUGUGGGGCAGAGACCAGCUCCCAGGCUGUGGCCUUGGCUGAAGGAUGCCUCCUGAGCCGGGCCCAAGGGGAGAAAUUCGGAAAUCAGCAGAACAUCUUUGUGAAAGAGGUGGCUGAGGUGAAGAGUGAGUGGGCCUUUGAAGAUGGUGACAGAGCAUUCACCUCAGUGGGAGGUGGAAUGAGGACCCAGCUUAUAUGUCCAAGCACAUCUUUUCAGUAUGGUUUGAGAACACCUUCUGCAAGACAGGUCGAGGUAACCUUCCAAGAUGUAGCUGUGGAUUUUUCCGAAGAGGAGUUUGCCCUGCUGGACCCCGGCCAAAGAGUCCUUCACAGAGAGGUGAUGGAGGAGAAUUGGGAGCUUGUGUCCUCCCUGGGUGGAAGCGACCAGCUGAGUGAGAAGGAAGGAGAACCGCACAGAGCAUUUCUGCAAAGUGUCCGCUGUAAACAGAAGAAUGAGAAUCGAAUAAAAUCUGACCCUCCAAAGAGGUGGAAGAUUAUUUCCCAGAGUGGUGAGGUCUGUGAAACCUCCCUUGAAGAAAUAGCACAGAAAGGAAGGGAGAGACACCUUUGUCUUGUAUGUGGGAGGAGCUUUAGAUGUAAAACAAGCCUGAAUCUUCACAGGAGAGUUCACACAAGGGACAACUCUUCCAAAAGUAGUGAAUGUGGGAAGACAUCCAGUUUGACUUCAUAUAGAAGGACUCACACAGGAGAAAAACCAUUCAAGUGCCUGAGAUGUGGAAGGAGAUUCAGGUGGAGGUCACAACUGAUACCACACCAGGAGGCUCAUGUAGAAGGCAAGCCAUUUAAAUGUUUGGAGUGUGGAAAGAGCUUCAGUUGGAAGGUGAAUCUCAGUCGUCACCAAGCAGUCCACAGAAGGGAGAAACCAUUUGAAUGCUUGGAAUGCGGGAAGGCCUUCAGUGGCAAGAUGAAUUUUGCUUCUCAUCAAAGAACUCACACCGGGGAGAAACUCUAUAAAUGCCCUAAGUGUGGAAAAACCUUCAGUUGGAAAACGAACCUCAUUCGUCACCAAGCCACUCACACAGGGGAGAAGCUGUUUAAAUGCUUGGAGUGUGGGAAAAGCUUCUAUCAUGAAAUAAGCCUCCUCUGUCAUCAAAGAACGCACACCGGGGAGAAACUCUAUAAAUGCCCUGAGUGUGGGAAAGCCUUCAGUCGUAAAAUUACCCUCAUUUGUCACCAAACUACUCACACAGGGGACAAGCCGUUCAGAUGUUUUGAGUGUGGACUGACCUUCAAUCGGAAGGGAAACCUCAUUCGUCACCAAGCCACUCACACAAGGGAGAAGCUGUUUAAAUGCUCAGAGUGUGGGGAAAGCUUCAAUCGUGAAAGAAGCCUCCUCUGUCAUCAAAGAACUCACACUGAGGAGAAACUCUAUAAAUGCUCUGAGUGUGGGAAAGCCUUCACUCGGAAAACAAACCUCAAGCGUCACCAAGCCACUCACACAGGGGAGAAGCUGUUUAAAUGCUUGGAGUGUGGAAAAGGUUUCUAUCAUGAAAGAAGCCUCUUCUGUCAUCAAAAAACUCACACUGGGGAGAAACUCUAUCAAUGCGCUGAGUGUGGGAAAGCCUUCAGUCGGAAAACGACCCUCAUUCGUCACCAAGUCAUUCACAAAGAGGAGAAGCCGUUCAGAUGUUUUGAGUGUGGAAAGACCUUCAUUCGGAAGGAAAGCCUCACUUAUCACCAAGCCACUCACACCGGGGAGAAGCUGUUUAAAUGCUCGGAGUGUGGGCAAAGCUUCAGUUGGAAGAUAAGUCUCACUCUCCACCAAGCGACUCACACCGGGGAGAAACCGUUUACAUGCCUCAAGUGUGGGAAGAGCUUCAGUCGAAAGAGAAACCUCGUUCAUCACCAAGCGAUUCACACCGGGGAGAAACCCUUUAAGUGCUUGCAGUGUGGGAAAAGCUUCAGCCAGAAGACAAACCUGACUUCUCAUCAAGUGAUUCACACGGGGGAGAAGCGGUUCAAAUGCCUCGAGUGUGGGAAAAGCUUCAGUUGGAAGAGAAACCUCUUUCGUCACCAAGCGACUCACACCGGGGAGAAACCCUUUAAGUGCUUGCAGUGUGGGAAAAGCUUCAGCGAGAAAGCAAGCCUCACUUUUCAUCAAAGGACUCAUAGCGGAGAGAAGCCAUUCAAGUGCUUGGAGUGCGGGAAGAGCUUCAGCCGGAAGACAAACCUGACUUCUCAUCAAGGGAUUCACACGGGGGAGAGGCGGUUCAAAUGCGAGUGUGGGAAAAGCUUCAGUCAGAAGGCACACUUCAUUCGUCACCAAUUGACUCACACUGGGGAGAAACCCUUUAGUUGUUUGCAGUGUGGGAGAAGCUUCAGCCAGAAGUCAAUCCUCAUUCUUCAUCAAAGGACUCAUAGCGGAGAGAAGCCAUUCAAGUGCUUGGAGUGUGGGAAGAGCUUCAGUCAGAAGGGAAACCUGACUUCACACCAAGCGACUCACACAGGGGAGAAGCGGUUCAAAUGCCUCGAGUGUGGGAAAAGUUUCAGCCAGGAGCUCAAGUUCACUUUUCAUCAAGCGACACACACUGGCGAGAAACUGUUUAAAUGUGUUGAAUGUGAGAAAAGCUUCAGUCGGAAGGCAAACCUGAUUUCUCAUCAAGUGAUUCACACGGGGGAGAAGCGGUUCAAAUGCCUCGAGUGUGGGAAAAGCUUCAGUUGGAAGAGAAACCUCUUUUGUCACCAAGCGACUCACACUGGGGAGAAACCCUUUAAGUGCUUGCAGUGUGGGAAAAGCUUCAGCGAGAAAGCAAGCCUCACUUUUCAUCAAAGGACUCAUAGCGGAGAGAAGCCAUUCAAGUGCUUGGAGUGCGGGAAGAGCUUCAGCCGGAAGACAAACCUGACUUCUCAUCAAGGGAUUCACACGGGGGAGAGGCAGUUCAAAUGCGAGUGUGGGAAAAGCUUCAGUCAGAAGGCACACUUCAUUCGUCACCAAUUGACUCACACUGGGGAGAAACCCUUUAGUUGCUUGCAGUGUGGGAGAAGCUUCAGCCAGAAGUCAAUCCUCAUUCUUCAUCAAAGGACUCAUAGCGGAGAGAAGCCAUUCAAGUGCUUGGAGUGUGGGAAGAGCUUCAGUCAGAAGGGAAACCUGACUUCACACCAAGCGACUCACACAGGGGAGAAGCGGUUCAAAUGCCUCGAGUGUGGGAAAAGUUUCAGCCAGGAGCUCAAGUUCACUUUUCAUCAAGCGACACACACUGGCGAGAAGCUGUUUAAAUGUGUUGAAUGUGAGAAAAGCUUCAGUCGGAAGGCAAACCUCACUCUUCAUCAAAUGACUCAUAGCGGGGAGAAGCCAUUCAAGUGCUUGGAGUGCGGGAAGAGCUUCAGUCAGAAGACAAAACUCACUUAUCACCAAGCAACUCACACCAGAGAGAAGCCCUUUAAAUGCCUGUAGUGUGGGAAAAGAUUCCAUCAGAAGACCCACCUCGAUUGUCAUCGAAGAAUUCACACAAAGGUCAAAUGGUAGAACUGGUUUGGUACUACAGGGUGAGGCAGCAUAACUUCCUUUUUUUCAAAACUUAAUAAAACCCAUUGUAUGAAUCAGAAAUUUUUAUUUAUAUAACAUAGGCGCAUACCUAAAGUUUUGUUUUACGUAGUUUUGAAGAUCAAAUUAGGUAGGUGACGUCCCCCAUUCUCCAUACACUGAGGAAACAGAUUUCUGGCGUUUGUCCUGACUCUUGCCAGCAUAGCAGGCGUUAUGUUGGCAAUUUCUUCCUGGAUGUUGGUCUUCACAUCUUGUAGGGUCCUUGGACGGUUCACAUAAACACGGGAUUUCAAAAAACCCCAUAGAAAAAAAUCACAAGGGGCCAAAUCUGGAGAGCGGGCCGGCCACUCCAAAUCCCUCGAAAAGUAGGCCUCAACGGCAAAAGCACGCUCCUCACUGUUCCAACGCAUGAUGGCGACUGAACUGUGUCAGGACAAAACUUUAUACUCCCGCCUCUUGAACAAGACCACUAGCGCUCCGCUACGUCUUCAACCGACUGAAUGGCACGCAUUUUGAAAAAGGAAGUUAUGCUGCCUCACCCUGCAUUGCAGUUUCAGUCAGAACUGAGAUCUUAUGUAUUACUAGCUUGGGGACCCGGCGCUGCCCGGGUUAUUUGAGAAAGGCAUUGUUUGUUUUGUGAAGUUUGGUAAUAUCAGUUUGGUAAUGUGUAAUGCUAUUUCUUAGGGGAAAACAGUCUUACUUUUUUGGGUUUUUAAAAAAAUGAAUGGUCCCAUUAGAAAAUGCAUAAGGUUGUGGGUGAACUACAAUUUCCAGAAUCGUGGGUCAGUCCUUCCCAAACCCUGCCAUUACUUAAAG